AUCAUUAGUGCUCGGCUCUGCACGUGGUUAUCGCAGCUGUGGACUCUGAUUCUGUAGGAUAAGACGAAACUAUCAUAAUCUGGUGUAACUUCGACUGCACUGUUGAAGCGCGCUUUUUAGGUACAACUUGAAAGUAAAUAUGGGAGAAUGUUUUGAAUGAUUCUACCUGCGCAAAGUGAGAAGUUUUGACUACAUAUUCUUGAAGAUAUGUGAGGAAAGAGUGUUUUAUUAUCACCUUUGCUGAUUUAGUUGAUGAUUCCAAUAUGAAAAAUUUCUACGUGCAGCUUUUCACUCUUUUGAUUCUAUUGAUGUGCAACUUCUUGGUCGGCCUCAUUCCUUUCAUUGCCUUGCGGGUGAUUGGACGCCUGACUGGAAGCAGCCAUGCAGCCAGCCAGAGGAAUCGUGUCCUCUCCUUCUUCUUACACAUGGGCGGAGGAGUCUUCAUGUCCGUCUGUCUCCUCAUCCUCAUGCCAGAAUCUCGACAACAAUUCGAAGAAUACGAAAGGGAUCAUCACAAAGAGCAUACACAGAACACCACAGAUGGAACAGCCCACGAAGAGCAUCAUCAAGAGGAGUUUCCCAUUCCUGAAUUUGUGGUCCUGUGUGGCUUCUUCGCCACGUUCGCUGUGGAGGAGGCUCUGCAUUACAUUCUUUACCACUGCAAGAGGAAGCAAUCGAGUACCGACCACAGAGUCAGAAGAUUCUGCAGCUGCGCCAAAAGACACACUGAAUGCAGCAGAACUUUCAAGGCCGAGAAACCUGAACAGACCAUGUUUGGCCGCGAGAAGAGGCAAAGUCAAAAUAAUUCAGAUCUUUCUGGGUUGUCAGAGCAAACUGCAAGCACUGCGAAUCUUCUUCAAUCAUCCAUAUUGGCACAGCCAGUGCCUAAUUACGGCAGUGUCACAAAUAUGGCUGACCCAAGACCCAACGAAACAGUUCCAGUUCUAGCAGCGCCGGUGGUCAUUGCUAACAACGGUAACGUCACAUUUGUACGGCGGCUCCAAGACUUAUCAUCACCUGUGACCACUUCUACCAGCAAUGUCUUAUUAGUAAUUGCGUUGUCGCUUUACGCCCUAAUUCAGGGGGCAACCAUUGGACUUCUGACACAAUCGUCACCAUGGACAACCCUCUUAGUGACCUGUUUUCAACAAUCCAUUCUGGUUUUCAUUAUUGGAUGGGUGGGCGUUGCUCAGAAAGAGCAUUACAUGCCGGUGGUGGUAUAUGUUGCGGUCAUGUCUCUCAUGUCGCCUUUCGGCAUUAGUCUCUCUAUGUUUAAUGAACAAAAUAUAAAUGACAUACCGUCCAUAGUCAGUGGAGUGUCCAAGGCUAUUGUUUGUGGCUCUCUUUUGUAUCUGACUUUCUGUGACUUGUUAAGACGGAGGAGCUUGAAAGAAUCUCCUCAUAUUGAACGGUUUGCAGGAUUCACCUUAGGUGCAGCGAUAAUGGCUGCCCUGGAGUAUAUUUCCAUUAUCGUAUGAAAUCUUGCGAUUAUGGAUGUUUCAAAGACUUUAGAAAUUGUAUCUUUUGUUAAUAUGCACAAACAAGAACAAAGACUUUAAGAAUGAAAAAAGGAUACUUUUCGAUGGAACAUCAAAAUACCAAAUGGAACAUCAUGAACCACUUCCAACAGGAAGGUUGAUGACCAUAAAAUAAUAUUUGCUUUUAUGUAUGUGUAAAGAAAAUUGCUGUAAAUAAAAACUAAUGUCUCUAAGAAUUGUGUCUAA